AACAAUACUGCAAGCGAGAAAGAUCUUGGAAUUGUUGUGGGUCACAUGUGGAAUAUGAGUCAACAAUGUGAUGUGGUUACAGAAAGGCCACGUUAGUUUGGGUUGCAUUAAUAGAAGUAUCACUUCUAAAUACAUUAAGUACUAGUUUCUUUCUGCUCAGCACUGGUUAUGCCCCAUCUGAAGUAUUGUACUCUUCUUUCUUAAAGUGAGCACCAUAGUUUAAGAAAGCUGCAGACAAGCUGGGAGGCUUAUAGAGGAGGGCAACAAGGAUGAUUUGGGGCCUGGAAACUGCCCUGUGCAGAGAAAUUAAAAGAACUGGACAUGUUUAGCCAUAGAAAGAGAAAAAUGAGAGGAAGCAUGAUAGUACUCUUCAAUACUUGAAAUGUUGUCACACAUUGGAGGCCUAGGAUCUCUUAUUCCUCAUCCCUGAGUGUAGGACACAGAAUAAUGGGCUCAAAUUAGAGGAAGCCAGAUUCUGGCUGAAUAUCAUGAUGGACUUCCUGACCAUUAAAGAAGUAUGACAAUAGAACCAUUGAGCUAGGAAGGUUGUGGGCUCUCUCACAAUAAAGGCAAUCAGGAUGCACCUGGCCAGCCAUCUGAGGGAUGGUUUAAUGAGUCUUGCAUUGAACGGGGGCUUGGACCCAAUGACUUUCUUGGCCUCUUCCAACUUUACUGUCCUUUUAUUCUAUAUAAAUAUUAAAUAUCUUUCCUACUCCCUUUGAUACCUGAACUCUACUGAAUUCUGAAUAAAGCUUUGUAGGAAGAACAUUUUAUGUGUAUAUUUUUUACCCUUGCAUUUAAGCUUCUGUUUCAUUCCUUUUAUUAUCUUUGUCAGUCUUGGACAAAACUUUGGACAUUUGGUACGCUAGUUGUGUAACCUAGAACUACUAAAUUCGACACUGGAACUUUUUCUUAUAUUAACAGUCCCCACAAUAUACAGAUUCUCAAACUCUUCACUUCAUUUGUUAGAGUUCUUAUACCCUGUUUAGAUUAUAAAAAACUGAUUAAACAAUGUACAACAUUCUGUUUACAGUAAAGGUCUUGCAGAUAUCAGUUAUUCUCCACCAUCUGCCCUCACAAAAUGACAAUUCUUCAAGUGAAAUAGAUCACGAUAGUUACAAUGAAUUACAAAUAGAAAGGAUAAAGACUGAUGUCUUGUUUUUGUAUUUGACUGGGCCAUGUGUUGUUAACAUGACUCAACCUAAUUCUGUAUUAAUCUGGUCUGCAACAAUAGAAGGUUAGGGAAUGCAUCUGCUGCUAAGGGAAUGUCUUCCUUCUUGUAGCUCCUGGCUCUGUUCCUGCCAGAGGCUUCCAGUGUGGUAGAGGUGGCUUAGAAAUUGCCAACAGAAUAGCAAUUCUAAAUGGUCUAUUACCCUAAUGGUAGGCUGUUGAAAUGAAGAAAGAGAAAAACCAGGAGUUUUAUGAAAAGGCUGUAAACUCCCUCCUUGUUUUGGAAAUUAAUUCCUGGAAAGUGCAUGUAUCCAUAGGUAUUCUGUUCCUUAACAGUAUAUGCCUACCUGCCCCUGUCCCCAAGCCCUUAUUGGCUCCCAGUAGAUGAUGCUUGACUCCUGUGAAAAAGUGAAAUGGAUCACACAAUCCUGAAGUCUGCCCACCUCUGCUGUAGACCAUGACAUAGGCCCAUAUUCAGGAGUCCUGUAUAGGACUGACCAAUUACAAAUUGUCAAAAAAAGGACGAAAAUGGGAAGGCAAUUUGUAUGUGUCAGUUUGUAUGCAUAGAUGCAGAUUUAGUGAGAAGUGAAAUAUAGUUGUUCUCACUGUCUUGCAGAAGAUUGUGGCUGGGUGACCCGUGUGCCUGCCUGCUCAGCUUGGAUGAGCAAUGAUUCUUAAGACUCUUUAUCUUUAAACCGGCAUUGGACAGGAGAGCCCCUCAAACAGAGGAAAGUCCCACAGCAGAACUUCAGAGAAGUCACAUGGCCACCUUAUGUCACUAGAUGGAAAAGAGGAUGGAGAUCCACUUGUAAAAAAGAAAAUUGUGUAGAAGAGGAAAUGUCAACAGAUUUAGAUUGGCAUGAAAGGUUCACUCGCUAAAAUCCAUUCUUCUGUUUCAACAGCCAUCUUUCCAUUUGGUCACUCUACACAGUGAGCAAAUGUGAUUAAACUGAAUUUCAGUUUUGUACACUUCCGUGAUCUAGUGCUUUGCUUAACAUAUCUACAAAAACCUAAACUAGAUAUGAAAGAGGGGCCACAUUUUGCAUACAAUUUCUACCAAAAUAUAUGUUAAAGGCAUAACUAUGUCUGUCUUCUACACCUAUAAACAACUUCUUAAUCUAUAGAAAGUGAAGCUUUUCAGGACAUGGAGAUAAACUUUGCCAUUGCUAAUUUUUGUAGAUGAAGCUGCUGUUAAAGGCACAGAGAUAGGGAACCAUAAAAACCUGGCAGCUUGCUUGCUUGCUUUAUUUAUUUAAGAUAUUUGUAUGCCGUCCUUUGCAAGAGCCUUUAAUAUUUUUAACAAAUCUGCUUUAACAUUUAUUCUGGUACUUUAACUUGGAAUCCGCUUCAUUAAAAUAUGAGAUUUAAAAAAUACAAUAACUUUAUAUUCAUUACAUUAAAAUAAGAAUACAGCUCUAAAAAAACAAACCCAUCACUGAGAUCUUGCACAGCGUAGUGCAAAUAGACUUCCAACAUAACUUCUGAAUGCUACUUUCCUAAAUGACUUUAGGGGUAAUGAUACCAAAGAUGCAAUACUUACAUUUCUUACUGUUUUAAUUUAUAUAGUGUUUUUUCUGUGUAUUUAUGUAUACAAUUGCACGGGCAGUUGUAUAUUAUUUAAUACUGCUUUUAAGAACUAAAGUGUUCUCCUCCCACUUCCAAUUAGCACUUACAAUAAAAUAUGGGCUGAAGCCCAAGAAUCCCUCAACAGCCUGUUGCAGAAGGAGAUAGAAGAGAAGUCCCAAAGGCCAGUGAAAGAUCGUGUGGUAGUGUUUCAAAUGCUAGCUACCUUCUACAUCAAAUAUGUGCAAAUAUUUCGCAACUUGGAAACUGCAUACGACCAGAUUGUUCACCCACAAAAGCGCUUAAUCAUUCGGCAAAUACUCGAUGGAGUAAUGGGCCGCAUCUUGGAACUGAAGAAUGAAAUGGUGGAGCUGGAGUACUCAGAAUAUCACUACUUUGAUGACAUUUUACAGGAUCUUAAGCUGUCACCUGAAAACAUUGAAAUACCUAUUCCAAGGUAUUUUAUUAAGGAGAAACUAAAGGUGUUGAAAGAGAGAGAGAGAAUCCUUGCUCAAAUAAUGUUUGAUGCUGGAAUGUAUGAUGGAGAACCAAGAAAACAGGUGAAGAUCAUGCUCUUAGAAGAAGCUAUUAGAGCAAUUCAAGUGGCUGAACGGGCUCGACAAGGCCGACUCAGGGCCACCUUCAUGAAACAAAUCUAUCUUGAAGAAAAGAGAGAGAGGCUAGCCAGACUUCAUGGUACAAAAGGGCCAGAUCUGGAAGCUGCUGCAAUGUGCAUUCAAAGGUUUUGGCGUGGAUAUGCACAGUGGAAGAAAACUUUGCAACUCAGAGAAGAAGAAAUGAUAUUUCUAGGGAUGAAUCCACCUCCUCACUUCCAAAGACCUAGUGUUUCCCUGCUGCGUGCUCAAAAGGUGGAUACUCUAAGGUGUGAAAUUCAGGAGAAACAUGAGUCAGACUUCCAGAAAGCUCUAGUAAGCAUCAAAGAGCGAGUGAAAGAAAUUGAAGGCCCUGACAUCAAAGAAAGCCUCCAGGAUCAGAUUCGCCAGUGGUUUAUUGAAUGCCGGCAUGUUACAGGAAAGUUUCCUGACUACCCUGAUGAAGAACAAGGUGGCUCAGCAGCACUUUUCUCUGAGAAAACUCCAGAGGAGGUUGCUGCUGAACUAGCAGCUAAAGAAGAGGAAGAACAGAAAAAGAAAGGGAAGAAAAGGGGGGGAAAGGAAAAAAAAGAAAAGGGGAAAAAGAAAAAGAAAGGAAAAGAAAAGGAUGAAAAGAAACCAAAGAAAGUUGAGGAACAAGAAGAAGGUUGGAAAAUGACCCCUAGCAAUUUUCUCCCAGUAAUGGAAGAAGGAAACAGCAAAUACAAAGAAGUUUGGCAGAACAGAGAUGAAGGAUGGAACUUCUCACAGGAGUAUGACCCAGAAAUGAUCAAAGAGGAAAAGAGGAAAGAAGUGGAAGAAGAGAUCAGAGUGCAGGUCGAUGAGCUAAUGCGGCAGGAACUGAAAAAUCUAAAGUUAGCUGUGGACCGAGAAACAGAGAAAAAAGGCAAAAAGGGCAAAAAAGGCAAGAAAAAGAAAAAAGGAAAAAAGGGUGGAAGGAAGAAAAAAUCUAAGAAGGAGAAAGAUCUAACUCCUGACAGGACCAUUGAUUCUCUCUAUCAGGAGCUGGUAGAAGAAGGAAUAUUAAUAAGAGCCAAGAAAGUGAAACUCAGCGAUUAUGUGGGUGAGUACUGCUACCUGGGGACUACACUUCGACAGGUAGACAUAGAACCCAUGCCCUCUCUCUCAGAUGUCAAACAGCUCAUUGCUUUGUAUGGAAUAUUGCCAUUGGGUUCUCAGACUGUACAUGAGAAAGCACCUCUUGUAAAAUCCUUGCUCUUGGCUGGACCUGCAGGAGUAGGGAAAAAGAUGCUUACCCAUGCUCUCUGUACAGAAACCGGUGCCAACCUCUUCAACUUGUCUGCUGCAAAUAUUGCUGGUAAAUACCCUGGCAAGACUGGUUUGCAAAUGAUGCUUCACAUGGUUUUUAAGGUAGCCAAACAGCUACAGCCAUCAGUCAUAUGGAUUGGAGAUACAGAGAAAACAUUCUACAAAAAAGUGCCUAAAGCUGAAAAAGAAAUGGAACCUAAACGUUUGAAAAAGCAACUUUCCAAGAUCUUGAAAACUCUGAAAAUUGAAGACCGAGUACUGAUAGUAGGAACUACUAAACGACCCUUUGAUGCAGAGCUCAAAUCAUUUUGUCGCGUUUACAAGAAAAUCAUUCUUGUUCCAAGGCCAGACUAUGCUUCAAGAUAUGUUUUAUGGAAGCAUUUCAUCCAGCAGAAUGGAGGCAUAUUCUCCAAACAACUGAACAUCAGUUGCUUGGCACAAGUUUCUGAUGGUUAUACACAGGGACACAUAAGCUAUGCAGUUCAAACAGUCCUAACUGAACGGCGCCUAAUGCAACUGAGCAAGAAGCCACUGACUGCUGUUGAAUUUCUCACUUGCCUAGCCAGGCAGGAUCCAGUUUACAAGGAAGAAGAAGAAACAUUUAAGGUUUGGUAUGCAAGGACUCCUCUGGGAAAAGCACGAAUCAAAUCACUGACAGAGAAUGAAGAUAUUGGGAAGGGGAAAGGAAAAGGAAAAGACAAGGGCAAAACUAAAGAGAAAAUGAAAGAAGACAAGAAAGGCAAAAAGAAAAAGAAGUAAGAAUUCUAGUGAAAGAGGCUUUUACUAUGCAGCACAGCUAUAGGACUGUAAACUGUUGCUGUGAAGAACAACUACUGAGGAAAAAUCCCUUUCUUAAAAUUUCUACUUGAUUCCAGUGCAGACUAUAUCAAAAAGUGUUUCUGAGAAAGAUCAUUCAGUGUGACAUUAAUUCCCUCAAGGUAAACUAGUGACCACUGAAUUUUGUUGUAUUGCUUGCAAAGUUAUUGGGACCCAUAUAGAAUAUAUUAGUUUUUAGGAAAAUAUAAUUAAAUUUGUGGAUCUGCCUUUAAAAAUGCAAUGGAUAUUUAGACGCUUUAAUCAAUGUGUAAGGUACUUUCUCAAGUGAAGGUACAGCACACAUUCACAAAAAAAUCCUCAUAAUCCUGAUUCCGCCCUCCCUCCCUCUCUCUCUCCCAUGCACACACGCACAGGAUGAGCAUGACAUAACUCUCCAGAGCAGCUCAGGUAGUAGGCAUUUCUCUACCCGCAUAUCCUGAGCUUCAGGAACUUGCAGCAUGGCAAGAAGGAAGCUGGAUGGAGACAUGGGAAGCAUACAUAGUGCAUGUGCUGGGUACACAUCCUGCAGAAGCAUGGAUGGGCCUGAAAUGGACACUGUGGAGAUCCUUUCAUGUGCAGGAGUUGUACCCUUGCACAUGGAAGCAGUAGGAUAUGUUUAUUCCUUAUGAAGCUAACUUUCUCAGUACCUAUGUGCCUUAUGUAAUGUAUUUUCUAAUAAAUGUUUUGAUCUCAAAA